CGGAGAAACGAAGACGGUGGCAGUUAUUCUGGCUUCACGGCAAGUCAACUCGGCUCGGCUCGACUCAAUUCCUCCCAUAGCUCAGCAAUGGCUGCUCCCCAUACAACCAUCUCUCCUCAGAGCCUCCUUUCUCUUUCGAAACCCAGAAAACCCAUUUCCAGACACUGUUCCACUUCUACUUGGAUCAACUUAAAAUCCCCCAAGAACCAAACUUUCUCGGGGAACAAUCAGCGGAAGAACGAGAGAGCUAGAUUGGUGACGGUCAAUUCGGUUGCGGAGGAGCUUGAUGUGAUACCGGUGCAGAGUGAGGAUCGUACGGACAUGCAGGAGGGAGUUAUGGUGAGUCAGGUGGAGAUGGAAGGGGAGGGAGAGUUGGCAAGUCCGGUGGGUGGAUUUGGAGGUGACGGUAUGUUGUCGUUUGAAGGUUUUGGUUCUUCUGGAUCUGGGUAUGGUGUUGGGGAUGGGGGAGGGGACGGGAGAGGAGAAGAGGAUAUCGAGAGGUUUAUUGAUAGGAUCAUCAAUGCAACGAUUGUUCUAGCUGCGAGUUCUUUUGCGGUCACCAAACUGCUCACAAUUGAUCACGAUUACUGGCAUGGAUGGACUCUUUUUGAGAUUUUAAGAUAUGCUCCACAGCAUAACUGGUCUGCUUAUGAGGACGCUUUGAAGACGAAUCCUGUUCUAGCAAAAAUGGUAAUUAGUGGAGUUGUGUACUCUCUGGGGGAUUGGAUUGCACAGUGCUUUGAAGGGAAACCUCUAUUUGAGUUUGACCGUACACGGAUGUUUAGAUCUGGUCUAGUUGGUUUCACUCUGCACGGUUCUCUUUCUCAUUAUUAUUACCAGUUUUGUGAGGAGCUUUUUCCUUUCCAAGACUGGUGGGUGGUUCCUGCCAAAGUGGUAUUUGACCAAACUGCUUGGGCAAUAGUUUGGAAUAGCAUAUAUUAUGUAGUUUUGGGAUUUUUGCGUCUUGAAUCUCCUGUCAAUAUUUUUGCUGAUAUGAAGGCAACAUUCUGGCCUAUGCUGGUGGCUGGGUGGAAACUUUGGCCAUUUGCUCAUGUUAUCACUUAUGGAUUGGUCCCAGUAGAACAAAGGCUUCUUUGGGUGGACAUCGUUGAACUUAUUUGGGUGACAAUACUCUCAACUUAUUCAAAUGAAAAAUCAGAAGCUAGAAUUUCAGAGGCACCAGCAGAAGUAACUCCCAGUUCGUCAUCCAUGGGGCCACAUGAGGAGUGAAUGGAGUUAUGGAAACAACUGGAAAAGGACAGGGGAGAGGAUAUCCAGCUUCGUCAAAGAGGGUUCCAUGAUGCGGGAACAAGGAGGCGGCUGUACAGGCUUGAUCACAUAUGCUUACACAUUGCAGGCAACGGACAGUUGCAUGCAUAUACACUAUCAUAUUCAUCUUCCUUUUAAUUCUAUCUAUGAAAUUCUACUAUGAUCUUUGCAGUUUAAUGCCUUCUAAUGGUCGAAAUUUACGAGUUAAACUGGUAGAAAAUUUCAUCCCAAGGAAAGAGACAGAGUAUAUGGUCCCAUUUCAGUGUUCCUUGCGAAGAAGUCAAAGAGGCAUCCAUUACGAAAUAUAGGAGUCUGUGGUGCAUGUUAUCUCAAAAAAAAUCCUAUGAAUUAGCCACCAGAAAUAAAUACUUGUGAUUCUC